UUGCAAGCCCAACUGCCAAGACACGGAAUUAAGACGCGCCUUCGCCGUUGUCGUCGUGGUUUAACAAUCGCUAAUUUAGUCGUUUUCAUUUAAUAAAUAUACAUAGUAAGCAGCAUACAACAGCAGCAUUAAGCAAAAUAUUGAGCGUGUUGUUAAAACCAUUGAAAAGUGUUGCAAGCCUAGAACUACAAUUGAAUUAAAGAUUUUAUAAUAUUAUAAACAAUAAAUUGCAGUAACAGCGAUUCGUGCAUCACGUACACCUGCUAUUGAGUGGAUAAUUUGCAGUUAUUUUCGAAUUUUUGGAACCAUUGUCAAAUUUUGCCGUAGAACGACAAACCACCAAAGCGUUUAACGCUAAAAUUAGUUUAUUUUAGUCAACGCAAACGCUUCGUAGUGCUUCUAGAGUAGCCCUGAACACACAGAUUAAUCGCUUGCAGUCAACCAUCGCCACCAAUAGUGCUCAAACUUACCCACACAUAUACACACACAGACAUUAUGAGGCAACACCAUUUACUUGCAAUCGCCGCCUGCCUGUGCAGCGCCGCCGUAGUGCUCGUGUCCGCUGUGCCGUUGCCUGCCGGCAACCAGGAAUUAGAUGUGUUACAGAUUCCGCUUUCAGAUGGCAAGGAAAUAGAUGUUUUGACACUUGGCGCCAAAGAUCAGGAACAAAUAAUUGCUGAACGAAAUAAACGAACGAUUGGCCUACUGCGCGAACUAUUCCCCGACAUCACAAAGAAUGGUGCAACCGACACCCAAAUCGACUUAUCGGCCAUAAAUAAACAACUUGAGGAGACAAUACGUGUGGCACGUCAAGUGAAAGAAGCCGAAGCUGCGGCACAAGCUAUUGCCCAACAACAACAACAGCAAACUCCAUCAUCGCUACCAGCACAAUUGCCGAUACCAAGCAAAACCGAUCCGAAUGCGCCCAUACAGUUGAGUUUCAACAACGAAGCCCGUGAUAGUUCAAAGCCCGUCAAUAAUGAUCUACGUCUCACGGAAUCGAAAUCACCGGCCAUUGAUGAGCUCACUUUGGACUCUAAUGAGGACGCAGCCGAUUUAGAUGACCGUAACAAGAGCAAUUUGUUCAAAAGGUUCCUGAGCUUCGGUGGUGCCGGCGUAGCGGGCGGUUCGAGCGGCAACACUGGCAAUGCUGCACCUAAUGCUGGUUCGGGAAAUUUUCUCUUCGACAUCAUACGCCUGUUCUCAGGCAGCGUACAAACUCAAGCUGGCGAUGAGGCGGCUAACAGUGCCAACAGUGUGAGCGGCGGCGGUGAUGCCGAUGGUGAUAGCGAUGCGAAUCGUGCUGCCGACGGCUACACGGAAGGUAUUCCCGGACCGGUUACACGCUUGGUUGUGCUGGCCAACAGAGGCUUAGCCAAUCUGAUACAAGAUUUGAUAUUGCGCAUUGCGGCAACCAGCGAGAAAUUCGUGAACUUCAAGGCCAAGCUUAUCACAGCGCUUAUCUAAAUGCACACCAGCUGGUAGCUACAGCUGUCUUAAUAUCACAAAAAAAACUGCCUUUGCCCAUGUUCAAUACUCUUACAACAUUUACAUAUAUGCAAACAUACACAGUAAGAAAUCGCUUUAGCAAACUCAUAAAUUAGUUGAAAUUGGAAUUGCCAUUAUUAUCAGAGAAAAAUCAUCGCGGGGCAGCAGAAACAUACAUAUAUGAAAAAACCCUGAAAAAUUGUUAAUGUAAACUUGUAAUGUUUAGAAAAUUGUUAGUUACAUAAAAGCCAACAAUCAUGAAAUGCGCAUGCGCCAAUUACAUAACCUUAAAACUACCGGCAAGCACAAUAAAACUGAAGCGUAGUCAAAUACAAGCUAACUACAAACUGCAAAAAUACACCCAACAGAAAUGUUAGAUUGUUAAGCGUGUAUCUUUUCGCAAUGAACUUAGCGGUGAUAGCAAGUAAAUAAAAAAAAAUUUACAUACAUACAUAUGUAACUUGUCAACGGAGCUUUCAUGUGCUCGUAAGCUCACAAAAACUUUAAAUAACUUGUCAACGGAGCUUUCAAUGGCUCGUAAGCUCACAUGUAAGCUUGUGCAAAAAAUUAUGGUUGCGCCAGCUUCUCCCAGCGUGGCUGCAGGAAUGUGUAACAAUGAGGCGCUCAGCUCUAAAAUAUAAUUGAUAUUAUUAUUAGUGUUUAAUAACGGCUAUUACUUCUUGUAUUUUUCUCAAUCUUCUACAACGAUUCAAACACAACUACAACGUCUUCACAACUAUUGUAUUUUAUGUACAUACAAAGUCCUUACUUUUUACUCUUACUUACCCCCUUUUUUAUAUACAUACAUACAUAUAUAUACACUUAUGAAAGAAACAUGAAUUGACUGUGGUGUUUAAAUAGCUACUUUAUUUAAAUUGUAUUUUUUUUAAGGUUAAAAAUCUUAAAGAAAACACAUAUCGCAAAGCUCGAUCUACUUGCAGCACGGAUAGUGUUUGCUCACAAAAGCGCAUUACUUGUCAAAAUUCUUGCUUUAUAAAUGUUGUUAAUUAUUAUUUGGCAUAAAUAAUUUACGAAAUCCUAUAUAUAAUUAUAUUUAAGCAUUUUUUAUUUACAUAUACAUAUGUGGUUUUUAGUUACUCAUUACUUCUUUUAAUUUGUAAACGAUUAAUUUACGUUUUUGUACAGCAUAUUAUUCAGCGUUUUAAGCAAAUUUAAAACAAAAAUUAAUUAUAAAUGGCGAACAUGCGUUUGCAACGUAAGCUCUUAACUCGUCACGUACUAGUUACUACUAAGCGUUACUAAGAGUUACUAAGAGUCUAUGCAAUUGUAUAAACAUGUGGCAAAUUUGUUAAAAUACUACAUAUACAGAAUAUGGAAGAAAACGUGUAAAUUUUGUACCGAAAAUAUUAGCGUACGGCUCAAAAAAUAUUGACUUUGUUUAAUUCGAUGUAUAUUUGCCUGUAAAUUUAAUUUUGUAAAUAAAAGUACGUAAGUGAAAAAAUUA